GAGGAGUUGACAGCUGCCUACCAGUCGUAUCUUGAGUCCUUCAAUGAUCACGAGUCUCAUUUAAAGUCAGUCCAACUGGGAGCGUCCCCCCCAGGACCAGCCGGAGGGAGGAGAGGAGGGGCAGGAGGAGGAGACGCCAUACAACGAGAGAUAGAGUCACUCAAUAAACUGAAAGGACGAGUGGAAUCAUCUGAUGAACCCGUUAACAGACUAGCAGCUGAAGUUAAAGAACUCAUCGAGACUACAAGUGGAUCUACUGGGAUGAGUCCAGAAGUGAUUAGUGUAUUAGGAAAAGUCAAUAAGAUACUUCAACUGACCAGUCAGCAGCAGUCAGCACUCAUGGACCUCUACCAGGAGAAGUACCGACUAGUGAAUGAGAAACACCUCAUGAAGCAAUUUGAAACUGGAACCAACAAAGUGGUUCAUUGGAUCAAGAGCAAGGGAUUGGAAGAGGCGGGAAGUGUUGAUAUUGGGGAAUCACUAGCAGCUGCUCUCCUACUGGAGGAAAAACUAAACAAACUAACUAAUAAAGUUGAAAGUAUGAAGGAAGAUGUGACGGAGCUAAAGAGAUUGGCUGAUGUAUUGAGAGACUUUAACGAGUCUAUCACUGACCAAGAGCUCAAGAGACUCAACAAGAAAUACUCAAAGUUUAUAUCAACUUAUAAACAACGUCAAAGUUUAGUAACAAGAUCAGUCUGUAUGUACAGAGGACUGGAAGAGUGGAGGACCCUGUAUGAUCAACUGACAGUCAAUUGGACCAAAGUGAAGAACAGUGAGACUGAUAUUGAUGACUGUGAGGAGCUCAUCAAAUCUCUUGAUAAUGACAACAACCGACUGAAAGAACUGGCUGAAGCUAUCCUCUUGAACGGACAAGAACUAGUCAAAGUACUUAAGGACACUGGAGUAUCUCAAGGUGAUCCAGAGUUCAGGCGUUCCCUGAGGUACAUCUCACGUACAACAGAUGAGGUCACUGAUAAAGCUCGGAGAUCACAAGAAAUUGCUUUAGCAAAAUAUGCGAGACUAGACCAGUACUCACAAAUACUGGUCUGUGAGAAGGACGGGAAAGAAAGUAUCCAUAAGCUAAGUGAGAUACUUGAUACAUUAAAAGGUCGCUCUACUGUCAUUGGUGAUUCGUUGGAAGCCACUCAGAACUAUAUAAUGGAAUUGGAGGAGCACAAGAAAGAAGUUGACCACACUAGAGAGUAUGCUAAAGGUCUUUUAGCUUCGGCUGUUAAUCAAAGAGAGACUUUAGGCGGUGACCUCUCUCCUAAUGAAGUGCUGCAGGCUGAGCUAAAAGAGAUAUCCUCAGAGCUUGAGUCCACCUUCACCUUGAUCAGGAGCCUACUCCAGCGACUGGAGAGGAUACAGACGGUACAGGAGGGGGCGGAGUCCAGUAUCAAGUACUGGGGGAGUGAGAGGCUGUUUAGUGACGAGAGCAGCUGGAGUGAGAUAGAACGAGUUUUGAAUAACAUGGAGGAGAAGGGAGGGGAUCUACAGACAGCUGUCAAUAUUUGCAUUAGUAAGUACUUGUACUGUAAAUGA